ACCCACCCGCCACGCCCGGGGAAGGCGGCGGGGCCGGCCCCGCGCUCCGCCCGGGGAAGGGCGGGAGGCGUCCCGGGGCCGGGGCCGUGGCCGGUGCCCGCGGCAUGGCAGGGCUGUCCGGCGCCGCGCGGACCCGGAGCGGCUCCCCGGGCUCCUCCGCCGCCCUGCCCGCCCUGGACGGCGCCUUCCUCCGCUCGCCGCUCGGGGGGCUGAUGGGGGCCCAAGCCGUGCUCGGCUUACUGGUGUGGGCUCUCAUUGCCGACACAACGUACCACCUCCACGCGGCAUACGGCUGGGUGAUGUUUGUGUCCAUCUUCUUCUGGAUAGUAACAGUCCUUUUCUUUGUGACUUACCUCCUGCAGCUUCAGCUGAGGUUCUACCUGAUCCCCUGGCCCCUUGUGCUGAUGAUCUUCAAUGCUGUAGCGACCGUCCUGUACAUCACCGCCUUCGUAACGUGUGCGGCUGCCGUCCAGCCUACAUCCUGGCGGCAGUGGGAUUACAACCGGAGAGCUGCGGCGUCCUUCUUUGCCGGUCUCACGAUGAUCGCUUACGGGGCGAGCACCUUCUUCAGCUUCCGUGCCUGGAAAGGGUUCGGCAGCAAUGCGGCCACCAGCCAAGUGACUGACCACAUGUAAGGAGUGGACAACAAAGCCCAGCCACGGGCCACCCUGGGUCAGCUCACGCCGGGCUCAGUGGCCCAGAGCCUCGCGUGCCACCGGGUCUUAUUCUUGGACCAGCCUGCACUGGCAGCGAUGGUCAGAACCAGGUUGCGUGGACGCUGCUCUGUGGUCUCUGAUGAUGCUUCCAGCUGAUGUACCCACAGCAGAAACCCACCGGCGGUGUCACCGACAGCCUUACCAGGAGGACACAGACUCCCUGGAGGCUGAAGCUCCUGCUUGUCCUUGGGGUUCAUCCAGAUCCUCACCGGAACAGCUCUGCUGAGGGGGCUCAGCCAAUUUGGCACACUGCAAUACUAAAACUCACUAAACCAAGCCCAGGAUUGUGUGCCUGGUCAUUCGUAGCUGCAGUGUAAGUAAUUGCAAUUAACAUGAUACAUAAACAGCAGCAUAGCUGGAGGAUGUAGGCUAAGCAAAGGAAAAAGUCUAAACUCUUCCUGUAUUGAUUUCUAAAAACGUGAAGCAAGAAUUUUAUGCUUUAAAUAAAAAUCUUCCUAAAUCCA